AGAACAACUCUUGUCGACCCUCAGCUUCUGUUGAACGUGGGGUAACCUCAAAACUGUGUUGUCUCAGAGAAAAGCUCCGAAAUGGGCAUUAUAUCUCGGCCUUCUACCCUUUACCUUGUCUUGGCGACUUCGCUCUGGUUGGGGCGGGUGUCUGCUGGACCGUUCGGGUACGACCCAUACGGCCUCGAUCCCUACAAAAAAGAAGACUACAAACAGCAGCACCAGCACGCGCAACACGAAAGUGGAGUGGAACACUCGAAGGCGGCCGUGCACUCAAAACAAGUCUCCCACCCAAGCAAAGAGUACCAGGAGCAAUGCGACAGCAUUCCGUUUUCCAAAGAGGCGACCUGCUCAAUGGCUGUGCCUUCGUCGAAGCCAUACAGUUGUCCAUCACAGGUUUCCUUCGAGGUCUGCGACGUGAAGCCUACUCAUAUACAGGCCAGCUGCUACCGAUUAAUUCAGCAAGAGAGGAAAUAUACAUGCCCAAUCCAAGUUGACUUGCAAGAGCUUUGUGCCGAUGUUCCCGUCUCACGACCAUCGACCUGCACUCGCCAAGUCCCUAGACGCAUCAGGAAACCGUGUGUCAAACAGGUCAACGAGACAGUGUGCAAAGCAGUUGCUGAGAAAGUUCAGUCGACUUGUUACCGACCCAAGCAGGUCACAGAAGAAUACACGUGUCAUCGCCUCGACUCAAAGGAGGAGUGCUCGGUCCAUCAGCACACGGUUCCGUCACUGUGUACUCGCAAAGUCAUCAGCAAGAAGCCGUACGCUCAAAUGGAUACAGUUUAUGAGCAAGAAUGUGCGCAAGUGCAGAAGCACAAAAAGGGAACCUGCAAGCGGCAAGUGCUGAAGACAGAACAGUACCCGUGCACGGAGUUUCAGACGAAGCAGCAGUGCUCCACGGUCCCGAGAGUUGUGAACCGACCCUGCACCGUUCAGACGACGCAGCAAGUGGCAGUCGACUGCACGGAGGUGGUCGACACAGUGCAGGAGAAGCAAUGUGCAAAGAAAAUUAAAGAAACCGUGAUGCAUACCGUGUGCGAGAAGGAACACUACGAACCACCAAAAAAACAAGUCCAUCACCAGAGCGGAAUCUAUAGGCGCCUUGGCCCUGGAAAGAAGGGUUGCAGGGAGGUGCCACAAGAGGUUGAACGGAUUGUGAUGGAGACAUGCACAGAGGUUGUCAAGACGAAAGUUCCCAAAACUUGCUACGAAAGCCAAGUGGUUCCCGUCCGGUCCACCUGCCCUGAGACUGAGAUGGACGAAGUUUGCUUCGAUGUGAAAGAGCCUGUUCAAAAGAUGUGUACACGCGAAGUUCCGACCACCGAGGAUUAUGCCUGCGAUGAGGUGGUCUCUGAAGUCGAGUGCAAGAAAGUGCCUAAGCAGGUUAAAGGGGUCGCGUACAAGGAGUACGAGCAAACGGAGUCUUAUAAGUGCGAAGCAACCGAACAGGUCAAGAAAUGCAAAAUGAUUCCAAUAUUUCAGGCUUCUACGUGUGUUGCUGCUCUCAUGGAUGUGGAGCCGUACGAGUGCGUCGUUAGUGUGAUGAAGGAGAAGUGUGAACAAGUACCCCGAACAAUACCGAACACAUGUAUCGAGGAAGAAUGGGCAACCGAGCAGUAUGAAUGCUACGAAGAAGGCACUGAAAAACGCUGCAAGAAAUUCCCCGUAUACGCAAAUAUGGGGGAGUGUACGACGACAGUUAAGGUGACGGAGGAGUACCCGUGCACACACCCUUCGCUGGAGCAAGUUUGCCGAAUAGAGACUUCAACAGUGGACAACACAUGCUACGAGCCCUCUAUGGACGAACAGAAAUACACAUGCUUCGAAAGACAUACCAGAGAGCAAUGUGAAAAAGCUCCAGUUCCACAGAAAAAAGGCGGCUACCAUCACUAGCCGUACGCUAUAAAAGCGGCGCGUUUAUCCUUUCCCACUUUCCGUGCUCCAAGAGAGAGCCGCGGAAACUGUGUUUAGACUAGAACCUGGUUUACCUGUUUAGCGCCGUCGUGAACGAGACCUAUAUUGCUCUACGUGAUUCGUUCAGUGCGGUGUUCUUCCCGGCCCAAGUUUAGGCCGGUAGCAUUCAAGUCUUCAUCUCCAUGUGAGUUACCCGGGUUUCAAACGGGACUCGAAAAGCAACUGCUUGCGCCGGCUGGCUUUUCGAGGUGUUUCGCCGGGAACUCUGGUUUCAAAACUUCUGGUCGCAGCCGACCCAGUGAUAUUUUUCUGGUGCAUUC